UCUAUUUGGUAGUCCGUACACCUUAAACCAAAACGGUUGCGCGUUUUACGGAUCAAAUAUUCGGGGUCCAUCUUAACGAAGACUUUGCGUUUCAGAACACUUACUCCAUCGAUCUCCAUUGCAACAGUCAGAUCUCUAAUUGGUUGAUUGGUUAGCUGAUCGUCGCGGAGAUUGAUUGAAUUGAGCCCUAGAGUCUGAGGAUGAUUAUUGUAAAUGAUUGAAGAAUUUCUAGGGCAAUACUAAUCCCUUGGAAAAAAGGUGAAAAAAAAAAUGGAAGAAAAGAGGAGAUUACCAUCAUGGAUGAUAGGUGCAUCGAGAACUAAUAAACUGAGUAAAACCCUUCACCAGGAUGUGAACGAUAAGGUCGAAGUGAAUGUUGGGACCAAAUCUGAAGUACCCAAAGCAAAAGGUGUAUCUCUGAAGCACAAAAAAGAGUUCUGCCCUUCUAGUGAUGACAAGAGUUUUCUAGUCAAGUGUGAAACAAAACGAAAGAAAAGAGGAGUUGAUGAAAAAGAUGUGAUUGAGUCUCAUGACUUCAAGCAAGAAGUCGUUCUUGAGAAGAAAAAGCUUCGAAAGGUUAGGAGGAAGGUUGAAGAACCCGACCAUUCAAGAACAAAGGAAGAACAUACAGCUCAAUCUUCUGAUGAAGAUGAUGAGGAUCUGACCAUUGAUGAUCUAUUAAGCAUUGCAAAACAGUUUGUUGAAAAUGAAAAGAGUGAUAUGAAUCACCAGAAGUCAUCAGAAGGACUAUUAAAAAGAAAGUCUUCACAUUCUUUUUCUUCUUCUGUAAUCAAAACUUCCCUCAUUGCCCCUCAAGCUACUAAAUCACCUGCCCAGGAAGAAACUGCUUUACAUUAUGAGUCUACUGAGACUACAACAGGGGAUCCAGCUCAAGACAUGCUUGAUUUGCUUUUGGGGCCUUUACUAAAGAAACCAAUAAGAAAAGAAGAGGAUACUUCUAUUAGGGAUAUGAUUGUUACCCAUGAAGUUACGAAUCAACAACAACAUGAUGCUGUUGUUUCCAACAAACCACUCAACCUAACAAAGAAGAAAAGCAGCCUCAGGGAUGCAGUAGCAAUGCUUCUUGAUUGAGAAAGCUUACAUACAGAUACAAGAGAAUGCGGUGGAUUUUAUCAAGUUUUUAGCUUGUAAAUAUAUACAACAUGUUUUCAAGUUUUUGCACUAGUUGAUUAUGAGAUUGAAGAUAUAUAUAGGAGGGUGUGGUUUAUGUCAUUUUAGUG